CUUCCGACGAGAUUCCCAGGAGACCGGUCGUUCGCAUCUGAUUGCCAAGGAUCCGUAUGGAUAAAGACAAGCUCGUCCAAUCCCUGCGCCUUCCCCCUUCCCUUCCCAUGGACGACUGGUUUGUUAUCAACGAGGAGGAACCCCAGACAAACAGCCAGCCUUUUCUAUUCCGUAUAAACGAAGAAUGCUUGGAGGCAUUGGAAAAGGUCGACUAUAAAGUGCGGUUCGGAGUCAGGAACGCAAAAGGUAAAAGUAAUCCACUCUGCAAAACCGGACGAUGACCUAGAUCCAAUCGACACCGCCAACGAGCUCUUGGAGGAGAUGACGAUCGACGAUGCGAUGGAGACUGACGAACCCCCACGCAAGCAGAUCAUGCUGUGGGUAACGCAGAUUAAUCUGCAAGACUCGAAGUGCGAAUCCGCUAAUCUGCUUGUCUUCCUCCUAGAGGAAGACAUCGCCAUUGCACUAAUACAGGAGCCCUGGGUCGGAGGCGACCGAACCAUCAAAGGGCUCCAAAGCAAAUAUUUUAAUUUAUUCCACAGCACGGGAGACACUGAUCAGGACAAACCAAGAGCAUGUAUUCUCGCGAGGAAGAGACUGCACGCUUUUCUGUGUCUGGACCUGAACUCCAGCGACUUAAUUGUAGUCAAUUUGGAGUAGAUGCGGGCAGAGAACGUGUAUAUUUCCUCGGCUUACAUGACUUUCAUCUGACGAACAUCACAGCAACAAACAACAACCUGUUGAUAGGCUGCGACGCAAAUGCAAGGCAUACAAUUUGGGGCAGCUCGGAAAUCAACGAGAGAGCACAGAAUCAACAAGGACACCAGCAAACACGUACUGCAGAAGCGGACCAUGCUUUCUCACUUCCAUUCAAGACGGUUUGCCACAACAAGCCAAGAGAAAGACAGAGAGAAUUCAAUCCUAGUAGUUGCUACUGAAUUAUUACCUUAUUCUUGUGAUUUCAAACCAAUUCAAAUAAAGUGUGUUUUGUACCGAGGUGUGAAGGAGUAAAUAAAAUUAAAAAAAAAAGAUCAGCGUUAGUGUUAUUUGUUCAAUUUUGUGCUCCCAUACAGAAGAAUUUUAGCAAAAAAGUCAAUACCACUUUCGAAAAAGUGCUUUCAAAACCGUUUUCGGACUCAAAACCAAAAUAGUUGCAUUACCGCUUUACAGGAGGGUUAAAUCUAAUAUUUCUACAUCUUUAAAAACUGUUAUGACUAACUAGUAUUGGCAAUUUGAGGGGAUACUUAGAUAUAUUAACUAAAAAAGAUAUCACUAUAUUUUCAAAAAGUGCAUAUAUUAACAAUUUUCAUUUCUGUUGGUUUCUUUUAAAUUAAGAAAAAAUAUUUCAAACAAAAAAAAAAUGAGAUUAUUUCAGAGAAACGUUGUAACAA